AUGGAGCAAACAGCAAGAACCAAACGUGGAUUUUCAUCUCCAGAAGGUGCCGAAGAACAAGAUACCUUCGUCGAAAAACGACCAAAAACUCUGGUGAAGCAAGAAGAAGACGACGGAGACUUGCUGGCAUGGCUCAACAUGGACGAUGACUCAGCCAUUGAGCUCUAUAAGAUCUUCGAAACCGAGUUCGUUGCUCCACCUCCCUUCAAACUGAAAAUCUCAUCCACGCCGUUUAGCUCGCCGAAGAUAUUUCAGGCGUCGGCGUCAUACAUUACUAUAAAUAGUAACGGUGAUGAGUCAUGUGGGUCCUCCUUUUCUGACGCUAACUCGUCGGUCAUGGCAAGUGUUGACUUAGGUUGUCUUUGUUUUGAUAGUGGGAAGAGUGGAAUAAUGGAACACGGCGGCGCGCGUGAUAAGGUUGUGGUGGCACGUGAGAGUGUGAGUGAAGGGGAUGGUCAGAUGGAUGGUAGGAAAAGUGGGUUUGAUUUUGAUGAUGACAUGCUGGCAAGUUUUUUGGGUGAAGAUUUUGUGGGGACCAAUUGA